AUGGAAAUCGCCGCAGCCGUCGUUAUUCUGCACAAACACGUCCAUUCACUCGGUGACGUGUUCGUACUUGUCGAAGCUCCCAUUUCGCUCAAAUACCUACCACCGAUGCGGUUGCAAUGGGUGGGGGCACGAUAUUGGUGCCUGAUAUUACUGGUACUGGCAAAAGUGGUUGCAGAGGAUUCAGAUGAGGAAAAGAGUGAGAGUGUUUUCGUGCCGUCUGCAUUUGUUCCACCUAAACUUUCAUCAAAACCACUGUUCUUCGACUAUUUCCCAACAACAGAUGAAAUCGGCAAGCGAUGGAUCCCGAGCACAGCAAAAAAAGAUGGUGUAGAAGCGGAAAUAGCCAAAUACAAUGGUAAAUGGGAAAUAGGUCCGUCAACUGAGGUGUCCAUUGAAGGCGAUUAUGGUUUGAUUGUCCGUACAAAAGCACGGCAUCACGCAAUCGCAGCGAAAUUAGACAAACCGUUCAGCUUCACUGAAAAACCACUCGUUGUUCAAUAUGAGGUUCGUUACGAAGAGGGUCAAGAAUGUGGUGGUGGAUAUCUUAAACUGCUUAGCGAAGGUGCUGAAAAGAAUCUUGCUGCAGUACAGGAUAAAACCCCAUACACCAUUAUGUUUGGUCCGGAUAAGUGCGGACCCACUGGCAAAGUCCACCUGAUAUUCCGUUACAAAAAUCCUAAGAAUAACACAGUUGACGAGUAUCAUGCAAAACAACCCACUAAUCUUGGUACCACCUAUUGGGAUGAUCACCAAACGCAUCUGUACACUUUGGUUGUUAAACCAGAUGGAGCAUUUUCCGUUUCAGUCGACCAGAAGGAAAUUAUCUCUGGCAACAUGCUGAAUGACCUUGUACCAUCGUUGCAACCGCCGAAGGAAGUUGCUGAUCCUAUGGACAAGAAGCCAAAAGAUUGGGAUGACAGGGCAGAAAUCGAAGAUGAAAAUGCUGUGAAGCCGGAUGACUGGGAUGAAACCCAACCUGCCGAAGUUGUCGAUGAAAGUGCAGUGAAACCAUCCGACUGGCUAGAGGAUGAACCAGAACUGAUUCCUGAUCCGGAAGCAUCGAAGCCAAGCGACUGGGAUGAUGAAAUGGACGGCGACUGGGAACCACCAAUGAUUGAUAAUCCGGCUUGCAAAGGCGUUAGUGGUUGUGGGCCGUGGAAGAAGCCGCUCAUCCCGAAUCCACUUUAUAAGGGUAAAUGGACUCGUCCACGAAUUCCAAAUCCUGCUUAUCGCGGUGUGUGGACUCCUCGUCAAAUUGAGAAUCCUCACUAUUUUGAGCCAAAACCGUUUGGAGGCCUCGCUCCCAUUACGGCUAUCGGCAUUGAGCUAUGGACAAUGAGCCAAAACAUCAUUUUCGGUGAGCUUAGUCUAUCAAUAUUUGAACCAAAUUAUGUUGAAUUUGGUUGUAAUAUUUAUGAAACAACAUUCUUGGUUUGCGAGUCGGAAGGUCUGGCAGCCGAUGUUGCUAAACAAACAUACACUAUCAGACGUGCAGAAGAUGCUCGAUUAGCUUCUAGUCAAGGCAAAGGAGCAGGAAUAGUGCAGGGUAUUGUGGAUGCUGCAAAU